GUGGGGUGGGAUUUCAUCGUCGUUCGCCGAAGCAGUUGUCGUUGGAUCAAAUCCAUUCAGUAUAAAACGGAGAAAUUGUUCUUGAUUAGGCACAGUUUGAUUAGUUCUAUUGAUUUGACAACACCGCUGGACACAUUUCUACAAAAUGGCAUUCAAGUUUGUUACCUUCCUCGCUCUGGUGGCCGUUGCCCGUGCCGGAGUUCUGGCUCCAGUUGCCUACUCGGCUCCUCUGGCUUACGCCACUCCAGUUACCAAGACUCUUGUAGCUGCUCCACUCACCAAGACCGUUGUCGCCGACGAGUACGACCCCAACCCACAGUACUCCUACUCGUACGGAAUCUCCGACGCCCUGACCGGUGACCAGAAGUCCCAGCAGGAAUCCCGCAGCGGAGAUGUCGUUCAGGGAUCUUACUCGCUGGUUGAUGCUGAUGGUUACAAGCGCACCGUUGACUACACUGCUGAUCCGAUCCACGGAUUCAAUGCUGCUGUCCGUCGUGAACCUCUGGCCGUCAAGACCAUUGCUCCAGUUGUUGCUGCCAAGACCAUUGUUGCCCAGCCUGCCUAUGCUGCCUACGCUGCCCCAGUUGCCAAGACCAUCUCAUAUGCUGCUCCAGUUGCCAAGACUAUCUCGUAUGCUGCUCCAGUUGCCAAGACUAUUUCCUACGCCACUCCAGCUGUGACCAAGACCAUUGUUUCGCAGCCAGCUUAUGCCACAUAUGCCGCUCCAUUGGCCACCAAGACCAUCGUUUCGCAGCCAGCCUAUGCCAGCUACGCUGCUCCAGCUUACUAUCAUUAAGUGGUGUCAGACUGAUUGUUGCUUAGAAUGAAUGUUGAUUGAUUGUGACCUGCCUAAUUUAUUGCCAAAAGAGUAUUGAAUAGAUGAAAUGUCAUCCAAAAAUUAA